GAUGCUUGGCCAAUGUCUGCAUCAACUCUGGUACGCUAAAGUUGAUGAAGCUAAAGUCUGUGUAAGGGAACUGGACUGGAAAUUGUCAUGGCCUCCACCAGUGAGUACAUGUGAUCCUUCUGAUCCAAGUUUAAGGUACCUAUGGUCUGCAGAUGAAAUUGAUGAGGCUGAGGAAGCAACAGUCCUGUUUGCCGCAGAUGUUAUCUACAGUGACGAUCUCACUGAUUUGUUCUUCGACACAGUGAGGAAAUUGAUGUCAAGUGGUGCUAAGAAGGUGCUGUAUUUGGCCCUGGAGAAGAGAUACAACUUCAGUCUGGACGAACUAGACGUUGUGGCCAAUGGUUACGCUCAUUUCCGAAGUUUCUUUGCAACUCAAGAUGAACACGGGGAUGCAAUCCACGGAGACAAACUGGGUGUCCUUGGAAAGCAGAUCGAUCUGGCAGAGAUUCCUCAGUACAUCAGAGAAUACGAGAGGGGCAGUGAUUUGGAAAUCUGGGAAAUCACGUACAGUCCAUGACAGAAACUGCAGUAGGUUGUGCAGAAGCCAUCGACUCUUGUUCCAUGCUACGCGACAUUAGGAAGAGGAUAGAAUAACUUAUAUACUCAUACAUUCAGAAAUCUCAUUUGAUGUCGUUUUUUUCAUCAGACUAUUAUUCCAGCAAUAUCUCGGCUGUUAUUUGCAAAUGCGAUCUGUAAUGGCGUUUUUUUCGAACACAAUAUGAACAAACGUAGAUGCUCAA